UAAAAAAGACUGGAUAAACCAAAAUCAAAAUCAUGGCUACCAAAAAUGACGUUUCAGCCGUCUCCGGAGAUAAAAAGUAUGAAAACAAGGUUAAAGAUGAAGCUGAAUGGACAAGUUUUGUGCACGAUGGAAAAAAUAACAAUGGGCCACACCCAGCAUACGAUUACAGUCAAAUCCAACCCCAUCUAAGAUACAGGAACGCCAGGGAGUAUGCCCAAGCUCUUCAGCCAUGGCUUCACAAUUAUCGACGUUUAUCACAGAUGAAUGCAAUUUGUUCAAUGAUGCCGAUGUAUAAUAUGUCUUGUAUGGGAGGUGGUAAUGCAGCAGGCAAUGGAUGGGAUAGUUCUAUAUUCAGAUCUACUGGUACAACUAAUGACAGUAAUGCCUCCUACAAUAACACACAACCUGCUACACCAUCCAACAAUGUUCAUUCCAAUGAUACAUCAGCCCCAGUAAAUGGAGUUUUAUAUCGUGUACCAACAUUCUGGAGAAGAGUAGCAGCAGAGUUGAUAGAUUUCACUCUCUUAUUUUAUAUAAAACUCCUUGUUACACUGUUUGUUAUGAAAAGAUGGGGCCAUAUGUAUGAUUCUAUAGAUUAUCAGGAACUAUUUACCAUGGAGGAAAUGGAUUAUGAUAAAGCCUUCGCUAUAACCUCAGAGGUCAUCGCCAUGGAAAUUAUCAACAGAUUGUUAAUAACAAUAUUUGAGACAUUAUGUUUACGGCAUGGUAUAGGAACUGUGGGAGGAGCUACACCUGGUAAAAGACUUCUGGGAUUGAAAUUGAUAUCAGGGGAACAGAUUGUAGACCAGGGGAACGGAACAGUUCUUGUUUCACCUGCUACUGAUGUCGGUUGGCUUUGUGCAUUUGUUCGAUCAUCCAUAAAGAAUUUCACCAUCGCCUUUUUCCUGCCAGCUUGCCUCACCCUCUUUUUUCAUAGUCAUAAUCGUACAGUGUAUGAUGUCAUCACUAAAACUAUUGUUGUACAGAAUGUUGAACCCGAACACAGAUAGACCCUCAUUGUACUGGACAUCAGCAGAUAUAGACUCUUUUAUCCACCCUUACAUGUACAUGUAUAUAACAGACCCUUUGAUAUUUACAUUAAAAUGAAUAUAUGCAAAGAUAUAAUCAUUAUUUUUCUGGUUAUAGUAUAUUUAAAUUCAUAUAUACAUUUUCUAUAUGGGUAUUCAAAUUACUCUGGACAAUUACCAAAUGCCAGAUUUGAUAUUUACGGUGAUUCUAGAAUUAAAUGAGAAAUCCUGAACAUGAAUAGUAUUAGUUAAAGUGUGGAAGGCUCUUAUCAUUCUUUAUUCUAAUGAAUCAUAUAUACUCUUCAAAAAAAGUAGGGGAUCACGUGGCUAAGUGGGUAAGACGCUAGCUCGCUAGCCUGGAGGUCGGGUGUUCGAUCCCUGCAUUGGCCGAGAAAGUUCAUCCAGAUUUUCCGGCGUGGUUCCCCCUUGUCAGUGAUGCAGGACGGAGGGCCUGACAAGGAUAGCUGUCUAGUCCUUCGGAUGAGACGAAAAACCGAGGUCCCGUGUAUACAUUGGAAUGCACGUAAAAGAUCCCUUGGCAGUUGGAAUUCGAUAUAAGAGUAGGCCGUAGUGCCGCUGUCCGGGCAAAAUUUCCCUCAUAGCACACUGUAUGGCGUAUGCCCGUCUUCAUUAGCCCAGGUUAGGAGCAGAAUAGUAGGACGUUAAACUCCAUUUCAUUUCAUUUCAUUUCAUUUUCAAAAAAAGUAGGGGAUAUUCAGAAACAAUACAAAACUGCGGAAAUGCACUGCUGUUUUGAUUAGGGGUAACCAGUGUAUGUUAAUAACAGGCCAAUUGCCUACACAUGAACAUAAACAGUUCAUAUGGGCGGCUUAUCUGACGGCCCCAUUUCACUCGCAAAGAGAUACACUGUCAAAAGUGAAAAUGGACGUUUUUGAUUUUUGUCUUAAUAAUGAGUAAUUGCUCCACCAAUCCUCAGACAAUCAGCAAUUCGUCGUGGCAUGCUCCUAAUCAACCGUCCAAUCACGAUUUGGGGCAAUCUGACCCACUCCACUUGCAGUGCCACGGCCAAUUCUUGCAGUGUUGUCGGUUGUACUUUUAGAAUAAAACCAGUGAUAGUUUCCAAUAAAAUUGCGCUAUGUUAAUGUGUUUCCCAAUGCCAAUUUAAGAUUUUAAGACUUCCUACCACUAAUGAAAUGUUGUUAUGAAAAUACAAGUUAUUGCAUGCAUGAAUUUUUAAAUAACUUGACUUGCAACAAUCUGAUUAAAACACAGAUCCUAUUUCGUUUUCAAUACUUCAAAAUUUCGUUUUACUUGACUUUACUAAAGUGGGAUCUGUAAGAGUUGUGAGGAAUUAGCCAAUGAAACGGUUUGUUGCAGCGAGUUCUUGGCGUGCGAUUCACGAAACUGUGGGUAUCCUACUAGAAACAUCAACGCUGAUUGGUUAAUCCAAUGUCAGAUGUCAUAGGGUUAAAAGCUGAUGGUAUGAACCCUGAAGUAAUCUCCCACUACAACUGGUCAGAUCUUCAUGUAGUAAAGACCAUAUAGAUCUGUAUUUUGAUCAAAAAUCAUAAUUUCAAAUGGAACAAAAUAUAGAUCUGUAUUUUAAUUAAUAAUCAUAAUUUCAAAUUUAUAUCCAUCAUUGGCUGUUUUCAGGAAUUUCAUGUUCAUAUACUUUAAUCAAGGCUUUGCUUCCAUAUUUUGCCAAUCAGUCACUUUUUUGAUGUAUUUCGUUAGUCAUGGAUGAUAUUUUCAUGUGGACGUAUAUUGUUGUCGCCCCUGUUCGUCCCUCCGUUCACAUUUUGUUUGUAGUUACUCUACAGGUCACAAUUUUGUUUGUAGUUACUCUACAGGUCACAAUUUUGACAAAACUUGAAAUAUAGAUUUAUCUCCAAAAGAUCUUGGUUCCUUUCGAUAUUUGCUCAUAUUGGACCGUAACUACCUGAAUUAUGGCCUCUGAUCAUAAUUUUUAGCUUGUGGCAACUCUAGCGUUCACAAUUUUUGUCCAAUUUUGAUGAAACAUAAAAUACAUGUUUAUAUCCCAAAGAUCUUGGUUCCUUUCGAUAUUCGUGCAUAUCAGACAAUAACUUCCUGGAUUAUGACUCCUGAUUGUACAAAAAAUAACAUAAUUUUUAGUUUGUGGAUCCUCUAGAGGUCACAAUUUUUAUUCGAUUUUAAAAACCGUUUAAAUAUAUCACUGCUCCACCAUAAUGAAGGUUGGAGUUAAAAUUUCUGGAAAAUCAAACGACACUGCCCGACAAAAUGGCUGCUCCUUGGAAGCAAAUUGUGUAAAAGUAUGUAAUAUGAAGGUUGUGGACCCUCUAGAGUUUUGCAAAUUUUGUCUGAUUUUGAUGAAACUUAAAAUAUAUGUUUAUAUUCCAAAUAUCUCAUUCCCUUUCGAUAUUCCGACUUUAAUUUCAAGUAUAAUGGUCCCUGAUUGUACGAAAAAUCACGUUUUUGUUUCAGCUUGUUCUCUAUCCAUCUCUUGCAAAAUGUGGGCGUAUCUUGCCUGGCAGCUGCUGGUUUCCAGAUAAUAUGACAACUUUUAGCAUUAUCCAAAUUUUAAUAUAUAUAUUUAAGUGUUUUUAAACAUAAAACAUAUCCAUCUCUUGCAAAAUGUGGGCGUAUCUUGCCUGGCAGCUGCUGGUUUCCAGAUAAUAUGACAACUUUUAGCAUUAUCCAAAUUUUAAUAUAUAUAUUUAAGUGUUUUUAAACAUAAAAGUUAUAAAUUUUAUCUGUAUUUGUUGUGUUUUAAGGUUAAAUUCUUUGAAAUUUUAAUUCACUAAGUUCUCCAGUUGGUCAAUUUCACUGCCACAGCUGUCAAAUAUGAUUGACUUGAGAGCCCUGCUAUUAUAUCAUACCAGUCAUUUUUUUGUAUUUUGACCAUGUAUAAGUUUAUUAUAUUAUAACAUUAAUACUUAUAAUUCUUUGAUUUUUGUCAUCAUAAUACAAAUAGCAACCUGGAAAUAACAGAUGAUUUAGGAAAACCAAUUAGCAAUGCAUAGAAGAAACAAUACAAAUUGACAUAUUUCUGAGAUAACAUCAAAAAUUUAAAUGGAAUAGUCAGAAGAAUUACCAGAGCCUUAAAGACCAAAGUUCAAAUGUGGUACUGUUGCCAAAAAUUAAUACACCAGAGUAGAAGUAAAUUCUUCAUGUACAAAUUCACGCCACAAAUUUAUAUCUUAUCUUGAUUUUAAGGCCAUAUUAAAAAAAUAUUUUGAAUUUUAGAUAAUCCUGCGACAUUGCAUGUUUUUUUACUCUCAAAUAACCGACUAUUUUCUUCUGAUUAGUGCGGUCCUCCUGCACUUACUAAUAAAGUAAAUCUAUAUAAAAAAUUUGAAUGAAUCCAUAAGCCCCGUUUACACUUGGCCGUGAUAAGCGUGUCGUUCUGGGCACGGUACCAGGCCGCGAUAAAUUUCAAGAAAUUGACCUGUGUAUAUUAGGCCUACUCUAAAAUAACCGGUCUCAGAACCGUGCCAAGCACGCCAAAUGUGGAACUCUUCACAGAAAAGUUAAUUUCAGAACCGAUGACAGAACUGUCAAAGUUUGCAGGGAAAAAAGGUCAAGGUUCGUUUCGAGCAUGUGCAGUUAUCCGUACUGAAACCGUGCUCAAACCGGAUAGCGUUUACACUAAGAAAAUUUAACCACGCCGCGCCUGGUACCGUGCUGAGACCAGCUCAUUUCAGUGGGCCAGAUUGGCACGGUACUCAGUACGGCACGCUUAUGUUUGACCUGUUUACACUACAAAAAAAUUAACCGUGCCGUGCCAGCUUCAAAUUUGUAAUGUAAACGGGGUUAAUGACUCAUUUAUCAUAAAUGAGACUGGAUAAUCAUAUAUUUCUAUAAAAAACAACUUAGCCAAGUAGUGAUCCAUUGACAAAAUAAAAACCUCCCUCCCGCUUCAAAUGUUUGCUAAGGAUUGUCUGAGAUCCAAAAUAUUUUUUUUUUGUAUGGCCUAAAUGUAUUCAAUUGUUUGACUUUUAAAUGUCUAUUUAUUCAGAUCAAAUACAUGUUGUAUUUCUUUAAUAAUCUUCUCUCAAUCAAACUAAAAUGGAGGAAGUUAUUAAUGGAAGAAGAUGUGAUUUUGUCUUUAUUUUAUUUUUAAAAUAUUUUCAAAUUUGAAUGUUAUAAAUAAAUGUUGCAUUAUUGUUACCAAAUCUGUUUUUAUUCUUUUGUCUUUAAAAUUCGAAAUAUGUGAUGAAAAAAUCUUGAUCUGAAAGUGAUAGAAAGGGGGGAAGAGUCUAUAUAACAGUGUAAUUCAAUCCUUGAAAAUAAUUCAUAAUAUAAGUCCGCGGACAACAAACUUGACAGGACUGUGUAGUGAUCAAAUAUUUAAUCCAGUAUGCGUUUCCGGCGACAUGUCCCUUAUCUGCUGGUGAGAGGAUAUCUUACAAAUUAAAAAAAGUCUGUGCAUUACCAUGUUUUUAUUAAGUACCGGUACAGUAUGAAUAAAAAAAAGGAAAUGUACAAGCCUUUUCUAUUUUCCUUGGUUUAGGGCCUUUUCUAUUUUUCACUUUUUUAUACGCCCACAUUUUCAUGUGGAUGUAUUUUGUUGUCGCCCCUGUCCGUCCGGACGUCCACAAUUUGUUUGUGGACUCUUUACAGGUCACAAUUCUUGUCCGAUUUUGACGAAACUUGAAAUAUAGAUUUAUCCCCAAAAGAUCUCGGCUGCUUUCAAUAUUGGCAUGUAUUGGAUCGAAACUUCAUGGAUUAUGGCUCCUGUUUGUAUGAAAAAUCACGUUUUUAGCUUGUGGACCCUAUAGAGGUCACAAUUUUUAUCCUAUUUUGUCGAAACUUGAAAUAUAAGUUUAUAACCCAAAGAUCUCAGUUCCUUUCGAUAUUCGCGCAUAUCGGGCUGUAACUUCCUGAAUUAUGGCCCCAGAUUAUACGGAAAAUCGCCUUUUUUAGCUUGUGGUCCCUCUGGAGGUCACAAUUAUUAUCCGAUUUAAAAAAAACAUUUAAUUAUAUCAUCGUUACACUGUAAUGAAGGUUGUGUUCGAAUUUCGUGAAAGUCGGACCAAAAUUGCCGGACAAAAUGGCCGCCGCUUGUACGCGAAUAGUGUAAAAAUAUGGUAUAUCAAGGUUGUGGACCCUGGAGAGGUCGCAAUUUUAAUUCGAUUUUGAUGAAACUUGAAAUGUAUAUUUAUAACCUAAAGAUCUUGGUUCCUUUCUAUAUUUGUGCAUAUCGAAUUGUAAAUUCAUGAAUUAUGGCCCUUGAUUGUAGGAAAAAUCACUUUCUUUUUAGCUUGUUCUCUCUCCAUCUCUCGAAAAUGUGGGCGUAUCCUGCCUGGCAGCCGCUGGUCUCUUAUCUAGUAACAGCCAAUGUUUUUUUGAAUUGUCAGGUCAGAUAGUCUCAUUUAACAACUUUUCAAGUUGAAAAUCAUUGGUCUUCCCCUUUAACAUCAUAAUGACUGGGUCUGUUUCCUUUUCAGCCCCUUAUAUAACUACUGCAGUUUCCUGCACACCAAGGAAGUUCCUUGAAGAAAUGGGAAACUGAUCCACAGCUUAGAUGAAUAAAAACAAAAAUUACUUGAUAUAUUUAAAUUAAAAGAUUUAUUAUGAUUAAAGUGUUUUUUUUUAUUAAAGCAUGAAGUAACAACAGAUAAUUAAAAUAA